GAGCGGAUGGCGAGUGGCUCCUCCGGGAAACCAUCAGAUCCAUUGGCCAACGCGAACUGGAGCCGCAGCAUCUGGCCAGCUACGACGUCACGAAGCUGAGGGCGUGCAAGGGGGACAUCCUUCCAGUGCCUGCGGCGGCGUCACCGCCGGCCGAGGCGGCUGGUUUUUCGCGGCGCCAGCAGAGCCAGAUCGAGCUCACCGGGCCUGAAGUUUCCGAGCGGGCCCUAGAGGCCGGGGGCUGGCCUGGGCCGCAGUGGGACCUUCGACUUCGCGGCGACGCUGAGCUGCGACGUGACUUUUCCCGCCGACGUGUCAAGAUCGGCAUCGCAGGCUUCAGGUGGGCGGUCAAGUCCCGCCACGGCGCUUUCUUCGCGCAUAAGAAAGAUGGGAACACCCGCUGCAUCUGCGACGCGAGGAUCGACCCGAACAGCUGCGCGACGUCGCCUGGAGGUUUUGGUCGCGCUUGCGAGCUUUACUUCUCUGGGCCCGACGUCAGGAGCUGCUUCUAUCAGCUCGCCGACGAGGAGAUAGGUAGCUGGUUCGGUUUCGACUCGCAGCUGCGCUUGGAGGACUGGGACCUCGACCUCUACCGCGUCUGGGGCGAUUCCGUCGGCGGCUGGCCGCCCGUCGCGGAGGGGGAUGGAGACCGCCGGCCGCUUGGCGACAAGCGACUUGCACUUCUCCUUCGACCUGGGAAGCCGCCGGCCGCCGCGCACGUCGACAACUUCACGGGCGUCGGGGGCUCGGCGGCGGACGCCGCGAGGGGCGUGGAGGCCUUCCAGGGGCGGGCUGGCACUGCUGGGCCUGGCUUGCACGCUGCUGACAUCGCGGUGCAGGAGCUGGAGGCCAUGCUGGAGCGCGGCCGUGCGAGCGGGCUUGAGCUUCGCAUCUGGGCCGGGCACGCCGCGGCGCCGCUGGGCCUGCAGCCGCGCCCGCUUUCGACCCUGCAGGAAGUAUGCCACUUCAUCGGGAACCGGGCGCGGCGCCGCUCCGCGCUGCCGCCGCUGGUGCGAGGCGAGCUGCGCAUGGCCGCGAUCGCCCGCUUCUUGACGGACGCCGACCUGGGCGCGCCACUGUCUGAUGAGGUCCACGUCUCAGACUCCUCGUCGGGCGGGUUCAGCCUGAUGCAUGGGCGGAAGCCGCUGCGCGCCGUCUGGAGCGCCCACCGCUGGCGGGAGCGCUGGCGGUUCGUGGAGGUCGAGGCGGAGGUCGACGCCGGCGCCUACACCGCGGCAUACCUCAACCAGCUCCGGGGCGUUACAGACGGCUUUGGGUCCACGCUGAAUGAGGGAGCUGCGAAGCACGCUGACUGGCGGGAGACUGAGCUGGGGCAGCUCAUGUUCCGCCGAGUUGGCGAGGCUCGAGGCCAGCGGCGUCGCCGGGCGGGACGGCCUGGCCAGAGCCGCGAGGUCGAGCUCCUGAACGCGGCCCCCGCCCUGUCCGCCACCCUUACCGAUGCGGCUGGGUGGGCCGCA